CCAAAAUCUAAAAAUAAAUCGCGAAACACCCAAAACACGCGAGGAGGGGUAGGGGUAUCGCUGGCUACUGUGAAUUUCGGACAGCAUCCCCAUGCGUAGGGGAUAGGAAUUAAAUUUUUCAUUGAUAAGAGGGAUUUUCUACAUUAUAAAGAUGUUGCGUGCGUGGUUUGGUUUCGUCUUCUUAUUCGUCAGUACCAUGGCGCAGACGACAGUUUUGCGAGAGAGCACGUGCCCCGUAGAGGGUCAGAGUGCAACCAUACAACAGGGUGCACCAGCGAUGAUGGGGGGAAUCUUCAGUCUUAGAGGUCGCGGGAGUGCGGGGUUUGGGUGUGGCGAUAUAGACACAGCCAUGAUGCAGUCCUAUGAAGCUAUCCGUUGGGCUUUGGACAGACUAAACAAAAAGAAUAUUAUCCUGAAUGGACAAUUUUUGAACGACAGCUAUAUUCCUGGAGUGCAACUGGGCAUGAAGGUCUAUGACUAUUGCGGUCAGAAUUCCAUAGCACUCAGUAGUGCGCAGAGAUUGUACCCUCAGUUUAGUGCUGAAUCCAGGGACUGUGUUAAAAACGACUCACAACUCAUGUUGGGUCUGGUUGGAUCGAGUUCUAGUUCAGUGGCAGUAGAGCUGAACAGCUUUGCUACAAUGAACAAUAUCCCUCUGGUGUCCCCCACGGCCACAGCUACUGACCUGAGUAACACAGAAAGAUUCCCCUAUUUCAUGAGAACGGUCCCCACCGACGGGCCCCUGAUGGAUGCAAUUGUUGCAUUUAUGAACGAAGUAAAUUGGAAGUAUGUUGUCGUUAUUUACACGGAGAAUACGUACGGAGAGGCAGCUUUGACGGAAAUCAAACCUCGUCUGGUAGCGGCUGACAAAUGUCUGACCAUGGCAAUAUCCAUCCCUUCCGACGACACAAGUGAUUCUACAAUAGACAAAGUGUUGUCUAAAGCCAUGUCAACACAGGCAACCGGAAUCAUUUAUCUUGGAAGCAGAACAGUGGCCAAUGCUUUACUAAAGAGAGCCGAAAUUAAACCUGGUGCUGGGAAACUUCAGUGGAUUUUUACCGACAGCAUUUCUCUCUCUGAAAAUUUCCCCAACCAGAAAUACCCUAGAGGUAUUAUUUCUGUCCUAUCAGGAUCUCGUAAAAUCAUAGAAUUUGAGGACCACUGGGUUAGGAUAGACGUCAACAACCCAUCACCAGAGAACCCUUGGUAUAAAGAUUGGUACAUGACAGUCAAUGACUGUCGUCUGCCAAGUAACACCAAUCCAAAAUUCAACAACAAACCCGAAUGUCCCACACUUUCGGAGGCACAGAGGCGUAACUCGUUCGUUCAAGAUCAGUUUGUGGAACCCUCAGUUCACGCUGUGUUCGGAUAUGCGUUUGCAUUGAGAAAGGCUCACCAAGACAAAUGUAAUGGAACUCCUGGACUCUGUUCAGCUCUCUCUGCUAUGACUACAAAGGAAUUCUACGAAAAUUAUCUAAGAGCUGUCGACUUUACUUACACAAAGGAAGAGAGAGUUGAAAGUUUGGCAUCCGUGGGACUUGAACCAUAUAAUGCUCCAGCAAAAGUCAAGUUUGAUGCAAACGGAGAUAUUUUGAACCCAACAUACGAUAUUUACAACUUCAAUGACUAUCCAGGAAAUCAGCCUUUUAAGUUUAGGAGACUGGGAUCCCAUAUAAAUGGACGUCUGGAAAUCUUCAGUAACAGAAUUAGAAUGUACGAUGACAACAGAGACACCCUGUUGAAUCCCCUGCCGUCUUCACUCUGUCCAAGCACGGGUUGCAUCCCUUGUUUAGGAACUGUUAGCACUUACCCGUACAUGUACCAUCCCGGUGAUGUCAUCAUUAACGGAAUUUUCACGGUUCAUUUGUCUGGAACUGAACCUUUAAGAUGUGGAGCUUUCAGGAAAGGACUAAGACCAGGAGCAAAGAUGGCAGAAGCUAUGCUUUAUGCUAUCAAAGAAGUAAACAACAGAGGCAUUCUUAGAAACGUGAAAUUGGGUGGGCUUGGUUUUGAUGAUUGUUUUAGUCCAGUCCUCGGAAAACUCCUAGUGUCAGAAGUUCAUCAACAUUCACGAACCAUCAUGGAUUCUUCAAACAAUGCCCUUGACCCUAACACAAUCGAUGUAUACAUGGGAUCAUCAUUGUACAUGCCAACUAUUCCCUUGGCUUCAUUAAUGGACGAUUUGAAAAGACCAUUACUGGGAUAUUAUUCUUCAAGCAUGCGACUUCAGUCUUAUCCAUUUUACAGAUACAUUUAUCCUUCCAAUUAUUUCACACUGAAGGCCGUAGUUUUGAUGUUGAAAAGACUUGGAUGGAACUAUGUUCAGGCUGUACAAAGUAAUUACGAAUAUUAUGACGUAGCGUUUAUGAAUUUUAAAACGUUAGCAGCUGAAGAAGGAAUAUGUGUUGUUUCUCAUUAUGUAUUUGGAAAAGAUGGGAACACAUCAGAGGUUCUUAACAUGCUGAAGCACGAGAUGAACGUAAGACCCGUCUUUCUUCUUGCUUCUGAUGUUGAUACGCAGAAUUUCUUAACGAAUGUCAGAGCAAACAAUGAUGGUGGCAUGUUCCAUUAUUUUACACAUGGAAUGGAAUCACAGUUUCUGAAAGGCGUUGAAGACAUGGCAGAUGGCUUGUGGAACGUCCAUGUCGAUCCCCUAAACAUGCAAGGUUUUUAUGAUCAUCUUUCCAGACUUCAACCAAACACGUACUCGGAGAACCCCUGGUUCAAAGAAUGGUAUGAAGAAUCUUACAAUUGUUCACUGGAUGCCUCAAAUAUGAGAGCAUACAAAACAGUUUGUGCUGACUCUUCACUAAAUCCAAUUACGAAUAAAAUCAGCAAAUCUGAUGUUGACAUUGCUGCAUUUCCUGUUGUGGCCGGUGUGUAUGCUGCAGCGUACGCAUUGGAUGAAACCCUCAAGCAUUACUGUGGAACAUCCUACAGUGGAAUCUGUAGUAAUUUCCUGACAGCAGCCAAUAAAGGCAACGUUUUGCUGCAGAAGAUAGAUGAACUGGCAUUUGAGGUGGAGGCUGGCAAAAUAUUCAGAAUGAAGGAUAAAAGUGCCAACUUUAUUAUUAACUACCAGAACUUCAAAAAUGGUGCAUUCAUACGGGUCGGAAGCUAUAACUUUGAGACCAAUGACUUGUCGAUUCAAACUGGACAAAUCAGAUUAUACGGGGAUUCCCUGGCAACUACUAUAACUCCCCACUGUACAGAAUUUUGUGCUACCUGCCUGUACAUGUUUGGUAAUCAGAAGUACCUAGAUAUUCCCGGUGACGUCAUUAUUCCUGCUAUGUUUGAUGUUCACUAUCCAGGACAACUCCCAUACUUAUGUGGCGACUUUCGGUCCAAGAACGGCUUCCAAAACACCGAGGCUUUCAAGUUUGCCAUUGAAAGAAUUAACUCAAGAAAUGCGUCUGUCAAACUUAAUUCUGGUGUAAAGUUAGGUGGCAUUGGUUUUGAUGGCUGCAUGGACAAAAACAGAGCCUCGACAUUAUUAUCAGCCUUGUAUGCGGGAGUAUUUCCCUUAGAGAACGGCCGCUUCACAAUUCCUUUGGAGAAGUUUACUCAUUGGCUGACUUACAGCAAUGAUUUUACCAUUGAAACAGCAGGUCAUGAAAUGGCCGUCGUAACACCAGGUGCAACGAGUCCAAUUCUGGAUGAUAAAACAGACUUCAAAAAUUUCUUCCGAACGAUUCCUUCAGAUAGUAUGAUAGCCAAAGCCAUGGCCAAGACAGCGAAAUCGUUGGGCUUUGAAUACAUAAUUUCACUGAACGCACCAGAAGACGGCGCCAGGGACUCCCUCGAAAAAUUUAGGGAGUACGCAAAAGCUGAAGGAAUAUGUAUUGGAGCGUCUUACGAGUUUGUAUCUGAUGGUACGAUGGAUCAGCUUAUAGACUAUAUUGUGAAGUCCACCAGUCGAGUUGUAGCUGUCUUUGCAGAUCCAGAUCGCUAUAUUGAAGAUCUACUAAGAGCAAAGUCCAUCAAUAAUGCUGCAGCAAAUAUUAUCUUUAUGGCCAACAGGGUGUGGUCAAAUCCAAUGAUUUCCAAUGUUCCUUCAAAUCUUUUAUCUUUUGCCGAGAGAUCUUUGAUGUUUGGAAUGCCUCAGGUUCCUAUUACAGAAUUCCGAAACUACCUCAGCACCAAAUAUCCAAACACAUACAAGGAGAAUCUCUGGUUCUAUGAAUAUUAUCAGGAUUUCUAUAAGUGCAACCUUGGUGAAAACUGGAAAUACCCGUCCCAGUGCGUUAAUCCAGACGGUAGACCCAUUACUUCAUCUUCUGGAGGGUUUAUGGAGGAUUACACAGUACUGCCAACCAUCCAUGCUGUGGAAGCUAUUGCUUAUGGUGUCCAUCAAACUCUGCAGAUGAAGUGUGGAGUCGGAUAUACACAUGUUUGCUCAAAAUAUCUGACGGAUGUAGAUACCCAUCAUAUGAUCAAUCAAUUCAUGGAUAAUAUGACGUAUACCGAUAUUCUAAAUGAAGCAUUCCGAUUUGAAGAAAGAGAAGUUGAAAAAGGCAUGAGAGUGUUUGUUAUGAAUAACUUCAACCCAUCCGAGCAAGGUACAUUUGACCACAACACUGUUACGCUGGAUACCACUUUCCCUACCCAGAAUUAUGCAAACAUUCCCGCCAAAUGUGUUGGAGACUGCGCAGUGUGCUAUGACAAAGGUGUUGGCACUGAGAAAUUCACAUACUUUCCUGCAGACAUCAUGUUAAUAGGUUUAUUUGACGUACAUAAAAAAGGCCCAACGCCUUAUACAUGUGGAGAGAUAAAUCACAAACAUGGCGUACAGCUGGUAGAGGCCUUCCAUUACGCCAUUAAUUACGUAAAUAAUCAAAAUGAUAUUCUGCCAAGAGUGACCCUAGGUGGGAUAGCUCUAGACGUUUGUGAAAGUCCCGAACGCGCUGGAAAUCUUGUGGCCAAUAUACACAGCAAGAAUUUGGAACUUAAGAAUAAUAAUAAUAUCUUGGAUCCUGCUAGGUUUGAUGCAUACAUUGGAACAAUUGAAAGCGAGUCGUCUAUCCGAGUUGCAGAUGUCCUGAAUUCUCUUGGUAUACCCCAAAUAAGUUACGGAGCAACGACGCUGAAGUUAAUGGAUCAGAUGAAAUACCGCUAUUUCAUAAGAACUGUUCCUGCUGAUGACAAACAGGCUCGGGCAAUCGUUUCAUUUUUGAAACGAUUUAAGCUUUACCAUGUUCAAGUUAUCCAUUCCUUUGACAGUGUUGGGGAAUUUGGUCGAGAAGAAUUUUCGCGUUUGGCUUUUCUCAACAGAAUUUGUAUUGCUCAGAACAUAACUGUAGGACGAAACGGGCCAGUUUCAGCAACAGAAGCUAGGUCUGCCUUGGCUCAACUCUACAACAAAGCAGAUGCUAAAGUAGUAAUUCUCUUUGUUGAUGACCCUAUGCCAUUUUUACAGGAAAUCGAGAAAGAUUUCUCUCUUAGAAAUGCUUUUAGAUUCAUUGGAACAGACAAAUGGGGUGAAGAUCCAGAUAUCUGGAAUGGACUAGAAAAUAUAAAGAGAAAUAAAACUGCAGUAACAUUUGACAUUGAAACUGCUGAUCUACCACUCUUCGACAAAUAUCUAGAGGAUAAGACUCCAGAUAACUACGACUUUAACCCCUGGUUUAAUGAGUAUUAUGAGCUCGUCUACAAUUGUUCUCUAUCAGGGGGAAGUAAUACACCUUGCCCAACAAGAAAGUAUGGAAUUCCAAGAGCCAAGGGCUAUAUCCAGGACCGAUAUGUUCUUUACGUCGUCAAUGCCGUUCUUUCAGCAGCUAUUGGGGCACAGAAAGCUAUAGAAAGACUCUGUCCACCUGAUACUCAAGGCUUGUGUAAUCUGUUUCGUACAAGUGGAGAGAGGCGUCAAGAAAUAUUGAAUGGUGCCAAACAGGCUCGCUUUGAGGAUGCCACAAAACAACCUUUCUUCUUCACGGCAGACGGGCAAAGUGAUCGUGGUUAUCAUAUCUGGGAGUCCCUCCAAGUGCCAGGCCAACCAAACAAUUAUUAUCUUGAAGAUGUUGGAAGCUACAAUGAUACACAUUACCUGAAGAUUGAUGCUAGAUACGACCCAAAUUGGUAUGCACCAUGCGAUGGGGUUGCUUCUUGUAACUGUCCCUUCCCCGAAUACCAACCUUCCAGAUACAUGUUAAACGCAUCCAGAAAUCAACUUAAUGUUGUGUAUCUGUCUGACGUUCAUGAAGCAGAUCCAUAUAACCCUUAUGCUUGUGGAAAGAUCGACACAGCUUCAAACUUCCAGAAUUUGAUGGCUUUCUUUUACGCUCUUAAUUUGGUUAAUCAGUAUGUUAACUUUCCUGCCACACUAAAACUUGGAGGCAUAGCUUUAGAUACCUGCUCCACAAGAGGUAGGAUAGGACAAGACCUGUAUAGUUUGCUCAGCGGAGAAGGAAUUUGCGGAGAUGAGGGGGUUGGACAGGUGAUAGACCCAUCAACCAUUGUUGUUCACUUGGCUAAAAAUUCGGAAAACGCCAUAGCUACAAGUAGUAUUCUUUCUCCAUUGAAAAUAACCAGCAUGAGUCAGAGUGCAACCUCAGUAGAACUUAGUGAUAAAACCAUUCACAAUUACUUCCUCAGAACCGUUCCUCCUGACAAUAUCCAGGCUGUUGUCAUGGCUGAAGUCAUCACAGCGUUUGGAUGGGACUACAUAUCGGCUGUUUACACGGAGAAUGCGUAUGGUAAAUCUGCAAUUAAAACCUUUUUGGAGAACACAGUCCUGAAUAAGAAAACAUGUACCACUCUGACAUUGUCCAUGAAAACUGAUGCUACGAUUGUGACUGCCCGAAAUAUCAUUGAUAGCCUAAACCAAAGAGUUGGAGCUCGUGUUGUUGUCCUGUUUGUAACAGCUCACCACGCCAGACUUCUGCUUCAAGCAACUUCAGAAGCAGGUCUGAACCAACGAUUCAUCUGGUUUGGAAGUGAUACUUGGUCAAAUGACAUGUCUGUAGUAAAAGGUUAUGAAGAUGUUGCUUUAGGAGCACUGACUAUCCAAAUUAAAUCCGAAAUUAUCAACAACUUCAAAACGUUUUUGAAAACUCUUUCCUUUCAAAAUCGCCAUGGCCUCCCCGAUGAUUGGUUUGAAGAUAUAUAUCAAACGUUACACCAAUGUAGGAUUCUGACAAGCUCGGUCAAAAAAACCUACACCCAGAUUUGUACAGGAAAUGAGCAAAUCACAGACGCCAUGAUACCGCAAGAUCCAUAUGUACUUCAUACUAUUAUAUCUGUUUUCAUGAUCGCACAGGGUUUAAACCGAAUUGAUGCUUGCAAAUCGUCUAACUUAGGAAUCUACUCCUGUCUAUCCCUUCAAGAAAAUAAGCUGGAUUUGAUUUACAAUGGCAUUUCAGGGGCACAGUACCGUGUUUUGCCAAGUGACUUGGGCGAUAAAUCGUUCAAUUUCAGAUUUACAGAUGGGGGAUACGGUGACAUUGGAUACAACAUUCUUAAUUUCAGAAGGGAUUCUGCAACUGGACAAUACGAAUAUAAGCAGAUUGGAACGUACCAACAAGAACUAAAUAUCGAGAAAAGCCUCUACCAGGGUUCAAGUUUUGUUGCACGAGCACUCCCAUCGUCUAUUUGUCCGAUUGGAGGGCGCUGCAUGUGUGAGUAUGCUAAUGGCACCACCUACUUCCAAGAGCAUGAGGGAACCCCAGGAGUUUCAUACUACAAGUUAGAAGAUGGAAGUUACGUCAAUGCGCAAACAGGACAAGUAAUUCAAGUUGAAAACGCUCCUGAAAAUGACGACCGUUUCCGAGAUAUUUGGGGCAUCAUUGUUGCAACUUUAGCUGGUAUUGGGGUGUUUGCUUCUCUUUGUGUGUUUAUCUAUCUAUUGGUUAACUACCCAUUCAAAAGUGGAACAACCGUAUUAGGAUUUAUGUUAUCGUUUGGUAUUAUCUUAAUGUAUGCCAUGGUGUUCGCUUUUAUCGUUCAUGCCACUGAAGAAGUUUGUGGUCUUAGAAGGUUCUGUCUUGGUCUUGUCUAUGCGAUCUGUUAUUCUGCGUUGUUCUUAAAAGUGGUUGAUUGCUGGAGAAACAAGGAGAAAGAAGUUGAGUAUGUGUCGCAUUAUAAAAAACUCGGAAAGCCAUUGGGUCUUUUCUUUGUGGCGUGUCUUCUUGUCCUUAUUCAGUGUUUGAUAAACACGGAAUGGUUGAUCUUAGAAAGACCCAACAUGGAACGUGUUAUAUACAACAAUAUGCUUUGGCCUCGUUGUAUGCCAGACGAUUUCUACGAUGAAGGUCUAGUACUGUCUCUCGUUUACAUCAUGGUCAUUAUUUGUUUAAGUGUUAUCCUUGGUUUGUUUUCGUGGAAAUCAACCAAGAACCACAGGGAAGUCAGAUGGAUCCUGGGUAUUUUUGCCCUAGGAAUCCCAGUGUGGGUUGUCUCUUGUGUGAUUGCCACAUUAGGAGAAUACAAAAUGCGAGACCCUGCCAUCGCCAUAAGUCUUCUAAUGAAUGCCACCAUCAUGUUUGUACUAGGUCCGCUGCGCAGAGUGUACCUUCUCAACAACUUUGACGCCAGAAUCGAAAAGGAGGAAGAGGAAAUCCGAAGCGUCAGAGACUCGAUGUACGGGCGACAGUAUGAUAAUGUGGGUAUGCUUCACGACACUAACUCGAUGCGGGGCACUAUGAAUGUACAAGAACAAAUGUAUUAUCCGGAGAAAAAUUUACCGUAUUAAGGAUGUCUUCUUUAGAGAAACAGUGUAUUGAGAAACGCUGCUGUAAUCAUCAGAAAAUGGAAAACGCAAUCCAAUGGAAUAGCCAGGUGGCAUUUAACUGGUGUCUUGCCAAACAUCUUCGGUAGACUUUGUAUAUCUGGUGCUAAAUGCACUCUGAAUUCUGUUUGCUAAAACAGGGAAAACUUGCUGUGAUAAUGGAAAUUAAUGUUCCUGGUUCGAUACAUCUCAUGUUUAAAAUUAAUAUUUUUUUCCCCGAAUCUCCUAGUGCUGGUGAGAAUUAUGUAUUCCGCUGUGAACAUUAGCUAUGGCUAUUGAAUGAAUGAAUGUGAUAGGAAAGUGUGGUAUUAGAUUAAUAGAUGAGAACCCUAUAACACAUUGAAAUAUAGAACCUUUACAUCACUGUGUCACGAGUGAGAGUUGUCAGAAAACAUAUUUAUGUACAUGAUUUUGUAUAUUGUUUAUGAUGUAAUGAAGUUUUACAUAUAUCGCAUUUUGUAUUUUUUAUAAAAUAUCACAUGAU